UCGGCCAAAAACCCAUUCCAUGAAGUUCUCUAUGCUCUGUUGUGCUAAUCUGAAGUUUGGAGGUCUUUAGCUACUGACUCUGCAGACUUCUGCACACUGUGCUCUUCAGCUUGUGCUGACCCCGCUCUGUCAUUUUAUGUGGCCUACCACUUCGUGGCUGAGUUGCUGUUGUUUCCAGUUGCUUCCACUUUGUUAUAAUACCACUAACAGUUCACAGUGGAAUAUGUAUUUAAUAGCAAGGAAAUUUCACGGAUGGAAUUAUUGCACAGGUGGCAACCUAUCACAGUACCACGUUUGAAUUCACUGAGCUCCUGAGAGCUACCCGUUCUUUCACAAAUGUUUGUAGAAGCAGUCUGCAUGAAUAGGUGCUUGAU